UUCGAAACUAUCAGCCUUUCAUCAUAUAGUGUAUCUAAGCUUUCCUUGCGACCAUUUUUUACAAAGUCGAAGGAAACGAGUUCAAUUUUAACUUCAUGGAAACACGUCGAGAAGGAGGUCCUUUUGGUGGUGGAGGAGUGCCUCCAAUAGAUGGAGCUGCAACUAGUAACCCAUGGGUAUCCAAUAUGCCCAUGACACAGCCUUUCCAAGGGGCAGCUCCUUAUGGAGGUCAAGAUGCACCUCAAGUCUAUGGAGCUGCCACUAGUAACCCAAGGGUGUCCAAUAUGCCCAUGACACAGCCUUUCCAAGGGGCAGGCGGUCCCAGAAGGCACUUUCCUACAGGAGACUUCAUGCAACAUGUUAUGAACUUGGAGAAGAGGGUUCAGAACAUGGAAAGGACUAUACAUCCAGCAGGAGUGGAUGUCUGCAUGAAUUGCAGUCAACAAGAACAAAUGUGUAACUGUCUUUCAAGUUCCACUGGAUUAGUGUAGAAGUAGAGGAUUCACCGUAGCUGAUUUAUCGCCACAGGUUUACUACGAAUCAACUUAACGGCCCGCUCCCAGUUGGCUUGUUAGCUCAAUUUUUUUUUUUUUUUUC